AUGAAAGAGACUAACAUAAGCAGACGGCGGCCGAUCGAGUGGAUCGCGCAACUACAUGCCCCUCGCGAUCGCGAUGACCGUGGUGAUAGGCGCCGUCGCCGUUCUCGCUCUCCCCGCCAUGGUGGUGGCGGCGGUGGAGGCGGAGGUUCACGCCGCGACUACGAGGUAGAUACGUACUCGUCGAGCCGCGACUAUCGUGAGCGCGAGCGCGAAGACACAUAUGCUCGCCGUGAGAGGCGUGAUGACCGGGGCGAGCGUGGGGGAGAGCGCGGUGGCUGGGGCGAUUCUUAUUCUAGACGCGACCGUCCUCGAGACCGCGACCGAGAUGAUGACCGUGGUCACCGACGAGAGCGCGGAGCAGAGCGCAAUGAGAGGGGCGGCGAUAGAUUCGGCGGCGAAGAUCGUAGGGGCGGCCGAGGAGGACGCGACGGAGGCUUUGGUGGUGGGCGCGAUAGGAUGCGUCAGCAAAAAGAAGAGUCUCCGCCCUUCAACAAGCCACGCGAGGCUACUCCAGAUCUCGCAAGCUUCACCAACAUUCUGCAACGCCCGCGUCGCAUGACACAAUGGGACAUCAAACCCGCAGGCUACGAGAACAUCACGGCCGAGCAGGCCAAGCUGUCCGGCAUGUUUCCGCUACCUGGAGCUCCUCGUGCUGCUCCUAUGGACCCGUCCAAGCUGGCCGCUUUCAUUUCACCCUCUGCUGGAACUGCCACAGCCGCCGCUCUCGCAACAUCAGCCGCAAAGCAGUCGAAGCGUCUCUAUGUCCACAACCUUCCCUCUGGUUGCACCUCCCAGGAGAUUAUGGAAUUCUUCAACAACCAGCUCAACGGCCUGAACGUUGUUUCUGGUAACGACCCAUGCUUGUCAGCCCACAUUGCGACCAGCAAAGAAUACGCCGCACUGGAAUUCAAGGCACCCGAGGAUGCGACACUUGCUCUUGCCAUGACCGGCAUCUCUAUGCGCGAUGAAGGUGGAGCUCCUGAUAGGUCAGGUCUCUCCAUCCGUCGUCCCAAGGACUACAUUACACCCACAGCCGACGAGAAUGCAUACCCGCCUGGUGAUGAGGUGUCGUCUGUCGUCAAGGACAGUCCCAACAAGCUGAGCAUUGUCAACAUCCCCACGUACAUUGAAGAGGAGCAAAUCCGAGAACUCGUUGAGACCAUGGGUAAACUCAAGGCUUUCAUCUUGGUUAAGGACACUGGCACCGAUCAACAUCGCGGUAUUGCAUUCUGCGAGUAUGCCGAUAACGAGAUCAUCGACGCCGUUAUUGAGGGUUUGAACGACAUCCCGCUUGGCGAUGGUAACCUCAAGGUCUCGCGUGCGACUGUCGGCCUUCAGCAGUCGACUGGUCUCGACGGCGGAGUCGGUGCCAUUUCCAUGCUGGCAGGAGCGAGUGCCGCCGAGAACCACGAGCACAGCCGUGUUGUCUGCCUAAUGAACAUGGUGACUUCGGAUGAGCUACUCAACGACGAGGAGUAUGAAGAAAUCAAAGAAGACAUCGAAGAAGAGUGCGGCAAGUACGGGCCCAUCGUCGAGACCAAGAUCCCUCGUCCUGCAGGAGCCCGUGUCAAUCUCGGCGUUGGCAAAAUCUACAUCAAAUACCAAGACACAGAGUCCGCGCAAAAGGCCAUCAAGGCGCUUGCUGGUCGCCAGUUCUCGCGGAGAACGGUUGUUGCGACUGAGUUCUCAGAGGAAGGAUUUGACGUUGACGCGUGGUAGAUGCCGUCUCUUUGCAUUGCAAGUUCGAUUGCGAGUCUCUUUCCUGCAUUUAGCAUAGCAUGUUUGCUGUAUUGGGGAGUAUCAAAAAGGCAAAGUAGGGCCUAGGCUUUUGUACAAUAAUUUGGUCGCUGGGGAGCCAAGUACGCGCCUGCGCGCGCUGGUAGUAGCACGGGGUUUUGUCUUGAAUAUUUGGGCCAUUUUAACGGCUAAAAUGUUGAUAGCUGGUCUGAUUACGAUAACGCAGAAUUAUUAGCCCUUGAACAAA